AAAAGACACACAGACGGAUGGACGGACAGAUAGGCAAGUGAUCCAAAAAAAUAAUACAGCUACGGGUUCCGCGUUCUUUUUGUUUUGUUUUCAUCCUUUAUUUAUUUAUUUGCUUUAUUUAUUUAUUUAUCGAUUGAUUGCGUUUUAAUUACUACCUUGUGACAGAGAGGGAGGAGGAGCGAAGGCCAAGCGAGCACGUUGUGCAGCCUUACUAAUUGUUUAUUUAUUUGUUUAUUUAAAUAAGAUAAGAUUAAUUAGGUUAUUUAAUUGCAUUUCAAACACAAAUAGCUGCUUUAUGUGUGCAUGUGUGUAUGUGAGAAAGAGCUAUAGUUAAACGGCUAGAAACCAAAUAAAUGAACCAAAAACACAAAUCCAAAUAAGAACACAACAGCUGCUGGCCUUUACGCGGAUGCCAGUGCGACGACAUUUCGUCUUUUUAUUAUACAUGAGAUUAAUAAUAAUAGUUUUAUUUACAAGCGAAAACCAAAGCAAAUCCGAGCGGAGGAUGCGAAGGGGAGGCCAGCGACUGUUACGCUGACUGCUCUCACGUCUAUCUCAACAGGGCAAACAGGAAAAAAAGAAUAAAAAGAGAAACGAAUAAUAGCCUACUGUGGGAAAUUAAGAAAUAGCCUAUAUCAAACGGUUCUUCUAUGGGUUGUAGCUUCCUAUCUACGACGGGACCUCCGAUACAGGCGAGAAACAACUACACGAACACUGAUAAUAAUAAUAAUAAUAAUAAUAAUAAUAAUAAUAAUAAUAAUAAUAAUAAUAAUAAUAAUAAUUACCAAAACAACAUCGCUACCGUUAAAGAAAAUAGGGUAUCCCGACUAUCCGUCUGUGUGUUAGUCUGGGCUGAGAGCGGUUAUCUUUAAUUACAACACACCCAAGGGACCAUCGAAUAUAUGUAUUCUAUACAAUUUUACAACAAAAAAGACAUACCGACACCAAACAGACGUCCAAAAAUGUAAAUACAACUAGCCUGCAUAGAUUUGUACGUUAGUUCGACGAAUUAGGCUACUGCGAAUUUUUUCAAGUUUUCGAAACCAAAUAUCAUUCAAACGCGGUCUACCUGGAAAACAGACGAAGAAACAGAGAAGAAGGAAAACAGAUCUGUGUUAUUAUUGCUGUAAUUAUUUCAAAAUCAGAAGACAGAGGAUCAUGUUUGUUCCCUUGCCGGUGCCGUUCGUCUUUCAGAGAACUGCUUCCGACUUCAACGCCUGGCGUCUCAAGUCCCCCCUGGCUCCGCGUUCCAACUCCGAUAUCAGGAUGUCAAAGCCAGUAGAGGUUGAGAAGCCAGGGGCAGACUCUCCAAUGGAGAGCACAGACUCAGAGAGAAAUGGUCCCGAGUCCAACCAUCAGGCUCAGCCAAUGAAAAUCAGUCCCUUCUCCCUCUCGCCCACUCUCAGCAGCGCCAAGGGUAAGAUGGACGAGUGUGGGGAGAUGUCCCCGGCUCCUGCGCCCGCUCCGGCCCCCACCCCCACACAGACGCCCCUCCCGCACACACAGCUCAUGCUGACUGGCAGUCAGUUGGCUGGGUUGACUGCGCUCCUGCCUGCGCAGCAGCAGUUGCUACUGCAGCAGGCUCAGGCUCAGCUUCUGGCCGCGGCCGUCCAGCAGUCAAACGCAGCCCACGCAGCCCACGCAGCCCACGCAGCUCAAGCAGCUCAAGCAGCUCAAGCAGCCCACGCAGCUCAAGCGGUGGCGGCAGCCAAUCAGCAGCAGCAGCAGCAACAGCAGCAGCAGCAGCAGCAACAACAGCAACAGCAGCAGCAGCAGCAGCAACCGCAGCAGCAGCAGCAGCAGCAGCAGCAAAGUCAGCAGCCAGCGCAGUCACAGGCACACAGCACACAGGAACAAACCGGUGCCCAAGCCCCGCCCCCUCCGCCCCAGCUCACCCUCUCUCAGCCAAUUCAGCUCACCGCCCAGGACAUUCAGCAGCUGUUGCAGCUGCAGCAGCUGGUCCUGGUGCCGGGGCACCCCCUGCAGUCGCCUGCGCAGUUCCUCCUGCCGCAGGCACAGCAAGGGCAGCAAGGUCUGCUAUCGACACCAAAUUUAAUUCCGCUACCUCAGCAAAACCAAGGGGGCCUCCUGUCCGCUCCACCCAGACUGGGGCUCCAAGCACAGAGGGACAAGGGUGUGGACAGCGGCGUGAGCUCGGGGACCUCUGUGGCCUCUCACCCCGAGGAGCCCAGCGACCUGGAGGAGCUGGAGCAGUUUGCGCGCACCUUCAAGCAGAGGAGGAUCAAGCUGGGCUUCACACAGGGUGACGUCGGGCUGGCGAUGGGGAAGCUGUACGGUAACGACUUCAGCCAAACCACCAUCUCCCGCUUCGAGGCCCUCAACCUGAGCUUCAAGAACAUGUGCAAGCUCAAGCCCCUGCUGGAGAAGUGGCUGAACGACGCGGAGACCAUGUCCAUCGACAGCACGUUGCCCAGCCCCAGCUCCCUGUCCUCCCCCUCCCUGGGCUUCGAGGGCUUGCCGGGCCGCCGCAGGAAGAAGCGCACCAGCAUCGAGACCAACGUGCGGGUGGCCCUCGAGCGCAGCUUCAUCGCGAACCAGAAGCCUACCUCAGAGGAGAUCCUGCUGAUCGCGGAGCAGUUGAACAUGGAGAAGGAGGUGAUCCGGGUCUGGUUCUGCAACCGGCGCCAGAAAGAGAAACGCAUCAACCCUGCCAGCGCCACCCCCCCUUUGCCCAGUCAGCCCCCCCCUGCGACGCACAAACCCCCCUGCUACAGCCCGCACAUGAUGUCCAGUCAGGGACUGUCCCAGGCCGUCACCAGCCUCAGCACAACAGUGACCACAAUGUCGUCAGUUUGUCCUCUGACCCCCAGCGGUCCUGCCACCCUCAGCUCCGCCCCUUCCCCAGUGACCCCGCCUCCUCGCAGCACAGCUAGCCCCGCCCCCCCCAGCCACAGCACACUGGGCCUCAACACAGGCUUGUGGCGUGUGGGUAAAAAGAACGGUGACGUGUCUAACUACAUCACCGAUUUCGCUGCAAACUUGAGGAACACUAUGAUGGGAGUUAACACAGGGAUGAACCAAGCUCUCAUCAGCAACAACCCACUGGCUACUAUACAAGGUGUGUGUGUGUGAGGAGAAGGAGAGAGAGGGUGGGCUGUAGGGAGAGUGGUGUAGCAAACUAAACGGAGGUGAGACUGUGAAGGGGGAGAAACAGUGCAGAAUGGGACUGAGGAGACGAGACAGGCCAGGAAAGAGGAGCAAAGAGGCAGAAACCACAAGGCAAAAGAAAACAAAUGCAUAUUUCAGCAAUGUUUGUUAUUUAUUUAGAGGAUGCUGUAAACCUCAGCCGCUUAUAGGCUGUGCAGAUUCAGAG